AUAGAUAAGGGAGAGAACUCUUAAUACAAAAACUGUUGUUGCAUAACAGUGGUGUUAUUCUAGAGUUUGCCUAUCAGCUACUUCAUCUGAGCAAACGAUUACUUCAGUCAACUGUGUCCUGAUAUUUCUGAUGUCCUUACAAGAAGUUGAAAAUGUUCAAGACUCAAAAACAGUUUCAUCAGCUGCUGAGGAAAAGAGAGAAGAGAAAAUGACAGAUGCACAGAGAGCUCGUGUAGAACGCAACCGGCAGAAAGCUAUUCUGCUUAAACAGGCACGACUUGCAAACCAUCCUUACGGUCAAGACAAAGAUAGGCAUAAAGUGAAAGCUCCACCCCGCACUAUCGAUACUGGAGCAGGAUUCUUUAUAGAGGAGGAUGAAGAAGACCAGAUUCAAAGAGAAAUCAAGCAUCCUUUGGGACCCAUUAUUCCACAGAUCUCAGAGAGGCUGUUGUGUGAAGACUGUGGAAAGGAGUUCCUGGAGUCUUAUCUUCACAAUCAUUUUGAUGCUUUUGUAUGUGACCUUUGCAGGGAGAAUAAGGAGAAGUAUGAACUGAUCACAAAGACAGAUGCCAAAAACAAGUAUUUACUGAAGGAUGCCGACUUUGAUGUUAGAGAGCCUCCACUUAAGUUCAUUCUCAGGAAGAACCCUCACAAUCCACGAUGGGGAGAGAUGAGGCUUUACCUUGAAUUACAGGUUCAGGCACGUGCAGUUGAAGUGUGGGGAGAUGAAGAGAAACUAGAGGAAGCAAGAGAUCAGCGGACUGCUAAUAAAGAAAAAGCCAAGCAAAAGAAAUUCGACAAGAGGGUGAAAGCGCUCAGGAUGGCUGUACGCAGCAGCUUAUGGAGAAAAGAGAUGACUGGCCAUGAACAUGUAUAUGGUGAAGAAACUUACAAUGAUGAUGAUGAUGAAUAUUCAAAAACGUGCACAACCUGUGGUCAUGUGAUGACAUAUGAGAAGAUGUAACAAAGAAUUGAUGAGCAUUUUGGUCCUUGGUGCCUACAGCAAUAUCUGGGAGAGAAGUCGCUGAAUGUGCAGUAAUGAUGCUGAACUCAUUAGGGCAUUAGUGUUUGCUGCUAAUCCGCAAAGAGACUUGCAGCUAUUUGAAAAUUCUGCUCAAGAACUUUCUAUUGUACCUGGGAAGGAAAUGUGUUCAAUAAAUGUUUUAUAUACUGCAGAAUUCAUUUUUUAUGACGUCAUACAUUUAUACUUUAUAGCUUUGACCUAAAUCCAAUUUAUAUAUAUUAUAGAAGCCAGAUUCCCAUAUCUGCAAUCUUUUAUUGCCCAUGAAAUUAUUCCUUGUUAAAAAAAUGUCAAGCAGUUUUGAAAAUAAGAUAUAGUAGUAGCAACUAUCUAUAGUUUGUAAAAUGAUCAUGUAAAUCAAGUGAAAGGGUGGGUAACAGCAUAGAUAACACUGGGGUUUAGCUAGAACAUGUCAAAUAUCCCAAUAAAUUCUUUAUUCAACAGCUUCC